UUUGAGAAUUAUUUCAAGUGGCAUCUGGUCCUCCAGUAUAUAGAAUACCUUGGCGACCAGUUCCUGUCUCCGUAUUACCAGUAUACCACCAGCGUACUGGGCAGUGGCAAGAGAGAGAGGUACUUAACCUGCGUCAGUUCACUGGAGGACAUCGUACCAAUGACAGUAUCAAGACUUUACACUGACUAUGUACUAGCACCUGGUACUAAAGAUAAUAUCAGUGAGAUGGUGUCACAGAUUAAAACUGCCUUUCAAGAAAGACUGUCUAAAAACUUAUUCCUUGAUCCAGUUACUAAACAAAGAUCAAUAUGGAAGGUUGGUAAUAUAUCUCAGAUGAUAGCCUAUCCUGAUGAAAUCAGUGAUAAUAAUUAUUUAUUUAAUAAAAGUACUUCUGUAGCACAAGCUAGUGGCCAGUACUUCAUGUCAGCUGUUAAUCAUGUGAUUAACGGUAACACUGAGAACCUUCAGAAACUAGGGAAACCAGUCGUUAAAACAGAGUGGGAGAUAGCCCCUACUGUAGUUAAUGCUUACUAUGAACCACUUUAUAACGAGUUUGUAUUUCUUGAAGGGAUUUUGAAUUCUCCUUUCUUUGAUGCUGGCUGGCCUGAUUAUUUCAAAUACGGUGCUUUUGGUGUUGUAGCAGGUCAUGAACUUACCCACGGCUUUGACGAUCAAGGCCAGCAGUACAAUCAAGAUGGUGUCCUCACCCCAUGGUGGACUAAUACUUCAGUUGCUAAAUUCAAAAAUAAAACUAAAUGCUUUGUAGACCAAUAUUCACAAUAUUCAAUGUUUGGAUAUCACAUCAAUGGUGAGUUAACCCAAGGUGAGAAUAUUGCUGAUAAUGGAGGAGUAAAGACAGCAUUUCAAGCGUAUAAGAAUGUCAUUGGUACGACCACACCUCCUAGUCUACCCUCUGUUGAUCUUAAUCCUGAUCAGCUCUUCUUUGUAGCGUUUGGUCAGGUGUGGUGUUCACUAUUCUCUCCUCAGUUUAUUGCGUCCAAUUUGAAGACCAACCCACACAGCCCAGGACCUUACAGGGUUAUAGGUGCCCUCUCCAAUAGUGAGGAGUUCUCUUCUACUUUCAAAUGUGCUGAUAAUACACGAAUGAAUCCAAGCAAGAAGUGUGACCUCUGGUAACCAUAGUAACUACUAGCUGCUGCUGAAAGUAACUAACUAAUUAUUAUUAUUAUUAUUAUUAUUAUUAUUAUUAUUUCACUAUAAUUAUUUUAAACAUUAAUUAGCUGCCAUUAUAUUAGAACAAUAAAUAUUUUUUGUUAGUUCUUUUCCGUGUAUAGAUUUUGUAUAUUUAAUUAUUCUGUUUAGAUUAUUCCAUUAUAGUAAUUCUUAUUCAUCAA